GACUUCCUGCAAGUGCAGAUCAGGGAGAGAACCCGGGCGAGGGGAUGUGAGGUACCUCGAGCGGGGGAGGCUGUCGCGAGCGGGGCAGUGGACAUACCACACGGAAGUGUUCCAGUUUAGUGGAUAACCCUGACUGAGCAUGUGCUUGUGUUCACUUACAUACAUGUGAUUUGUCCUCCACAAGCUCUAAAGGCAAAAGAGAGCCAUUAUGACCACAGAAACCUUUGUGAAAGAUGUGAAACCUGGACUGAAAAACCUGAAUGUUUUAUUUAUUGUCCUCGAAACAGGCCGAGUAACAAAGACUAAGGAUGGACAUGAAGUAAGAACUUGUAAGGUGGCUGACAAGACUGGCAGCAUCAACAUUUCUGUCUGGGAUGAUGUAGGGAACCUGAUACAACCUGGAGACAUCAUCAGGCUUACUAAGGGGUAUGCUUCUGUAUUCAAGGGCUGCUUGACUCUAUACACAGGGCGAGGAGGUGACCUGCAGAAGAUUGGAGAGUUCUGCAUGGUGUAUUCUGAGAUGCCCAACUUUAGUGAACCAAACCCUGACUAUGUGGCCCAGCAAUCUCAAAGCAAACAGGUCCAGGCAGAGAAUGUGACGGGAACAGCAAAUCACAGCUCAUCCAGCAGCCCAGCUCCACCAGCCUCUGACCUACCUAACGGAAACGGCAACACUGCUCCAGGAUCAACCACAGCACCUGCUCACCCAGCCAGUGGACGUAUCACACGUAGUCAACCCAACCAUUCCGGCUCAGGAGCUCCCAACUCAGUCAGCAACGGCAAAGAGACACGUCGAACAGGAAAAAGAUAGCAAUUUUCCUCCACUCACCCAUAUCAUAUCAGAGCCUCAGUUUCCCCUUUCUCACAAAGGGCAAGUGAAGAGCAUCCAGAUAGAUAGUUUUACCUUUCACUCUUACCAGAUCGAAACACAUUUGUCUGCACAAGUUACUGGUCACAAGAGGUGCAGGCAGUCCUGUGUUCAGAUGGAUCUUUAAAUAUCAUCUGUAACUAGAGUCAUUGAGAGCCUUAAACGAUUACAAAAGCUUGGUGCAAAGUCAGGCAUAUGGAAGUUUAAAAGAAACAGAGGAACUACUGCAGUGUAGGCCUUGGAAUGGCCUUUGGGUAAUACAUUUUAAAUUAUUGUAGUAUUGUAUCCAAUUACAGGAAAUGGAAUUCAAAGGAAAACUAACCGGCAUGCCUUUUCAUGGCUUAAGAGUUUGGCAUUUUACUAUGGUAGAAUUCUGUUGUUUGUGACAAAUGAAGCAAUGAUUUUAUAUACUGUAUAUGAUACAUUUUUAUAAUAGCAGCUGUCAUUUGCACACGUAUUCACGUACAUCAUAUUGAAUACAUGAAUAUGUGUACAAAAAACAACUAAACAUUAUAUGGAUCUUUUUAGGAUGUUAGCAAUGGUUGAAAAUACAGCCAGGCAUUUUAAUAAUUCUUCUCAAGCACCAAAUGUAUCCAUUAUGAAUACUUAAUUGUUUACACGGUAAAUCCAGACUUGUUCAAAAAGACAAGAUACGUUCACUUGUGCAUCAUUAUGUAACCGAGAUCUGAGACCAUAUUGCUUUAUGGCACUUGUGAUGGGGGAAACUUUACUGUUUCACUGAUUUGUGGGUUUGUCUAAAACUGCUGUGAAUUGUAAUGUAUGCAAGGAAAAAUUUCUUAAUUUUUAAAGUUCUGUAUUUUCUGGAGAUCAUUUUAAUCAUUUUUACUCCUAUGCCUUCCAAUUGGGUUACUGGACCUUAUUUGCUAAAUAAUGACUUCUUAGUCCUUCUGUUGAUCCAAAUUAUUAUCAUCCAGAGUUAGCUGGAAAACCAAAUCUACACUUCUAUUGAAUUGGACAUUUAAUAGUUUUUCCCACUGGGUCUAUGUCAUUUUGCAGCUCUGUUAUCAACUUAGUUGUUUAGUUAAUAAGUGUUUUUUUUAGUGGGUAUAGAGCCACCCUACACAAGCUACUCCACAUCAAAUAAAAUAACAAGCUGAGCAGAGUUGCCUUGGGUAUGUCUGUAUAAUUGGAAAUCAUGAGUACACUAAAAACCCCACUUCCCUCUUUCUGUUGUAUUAGAAGGUAUUGUGUAUUCAAUACACAAUAUUCAAUAAACAUUUUUUUUGCUUAUUUCCA